GAACAGCUGACCCAGCAGUGGCUCAUGUGACCACUGCAACCCCCAGUCCUGCUCCCUGUCCCAGGCCAGGGCGGGCACUUUCGGGGCUCCUUCUGGAAGGGCUACCAGCGUGCUGGUGCCGCCGGGCGUGGAGAGAUUAAUCAGUGACAGGAAGCCGCCUCUUUCGGAGCAGUGCCCGGCCGUGGUCAGGAGUGUCCUGCCCCCCGCCUGCUGCUACCUCUGCUCCUGCCAUGGGGCGCCUUGGGGCCCUCUUCUUCCUGCUGGGGGGCCUGGGGGCCCUCGCCCAGGUCUGCGAAAUAACGGAGGUGGACAGCGAGCUAGUGGAGAGGCUAGGCCAGCGCCUCUUGCCCUGGAUGGACCGGCUCUCCCUGGAGCACCUGAACCCCAGUGUCUACGUGGGCCUGCGCCUCUCCAGCCUGCAGGCUGGGGCCAAGGAGGCCCACUACCUGCACAGCCUCAAGCUCAGCUACCAGCAGAGCCUCCUGAGGUCUGCCUCUGGCAAUGACAACAGUGACUCUGAGGCCAAGCCCUCCAUGGGCCAGCUGGCCCUCUACCUGCUCGCUCUCCGGGCCAACUGUGAGUUUGUCGGAGGCCGCAAGGGGGACAGGCUGGUGUCACAGCUGAAGCGGUUCCUGGAGGACGAGAAGGGGGCCAUUGGGCACAAUCACAAGGGCCACCCCCGCACAAGCUACUACCAGUACAGCCUGGGCGUCCUGGCCCUGUGUCUCCAUCAGAAGCGGGUCCAUGACAGCGUGGUGGGCAAGCUCCUGUAUGCCGUGGAGCAUGAAGAGCAUCUCCGCCAGGCCCACCUCUCUGUGGACUCCGUGGCCAUGGCGGGCUUGGCCUUCUCCUGUCUGGAGCUGUCCAACCUCAACCCCAGUCAGAGAGACCGGAUCAGCCUGGCCCUCGGGAGGGUACGAGAGAAGAUCCUGAAGGCCCAGACCCCUGAGGGCCACUUCGGGAACGUCUACAGUACCCCUCUGGCGCUGCAGUUGCUGAUGACCUCACACACGCCGACGGUGGAGCUGGGUGCAGCAUGCCUCAAGGCCAAGGCUGCUCUGUUGGCGAGCCUGCAGCACAAGACCUUCCGGAAUCCUCUGAUGAUUUCUCAGCUGCUGCCAGUCCUGAACCGCAAGAGCUAUGUGGAUCUCAUCUCCCCAGACUGCCAGGCACCAAGAGUCAUGUUGGAGCCAGCUAUGGGGACCUCUUCACAGACCCAAGUCCCAGAGGUCAUCCAUGUCACGCUGAAGGUCUCCAGCAUCCUUCCUCCAUAUGUACAGUCCAUCUCUGUCCCUGCCGGCUCCUCCUUGGAAGACGUCCUGAAGAAGGCCCGGGAUCAUGGAAGAUUCAUGUACGGAACACAGGCCUCCUUGUCAGGCCCCUACCUGACCUCUGUGAUGGGGAAAAAGGCUGAGGGACGUGAGUUCUGGCAGCUCCUCAGGGCCCCCAACACCCCGCUGCUGCAAGGCCUUGCUGACUACAGACCCAGGGAUGGAGAGACCAUUGAGCUGAGGCUGGUUAGCUGGUAGCCCCCUGGGCUCAGCCCACCAGCCGCCUCCUACACCUCCUGGGCUUCUGCCCUCCCUCCGGAUAUCCCUGUAUUAGGCACAUGCCUGACCCUGCUGCCUCCUCUUGCGCCCUUGUCCCCAGAUCACUCCAGCCACCACCCCUGCAGGGGUCCUAAGCCACCACUCACCCUUAAGCUGGGAGCCCACACCUCCCCCAGGAGAUCUGUUUGCCUGGGUCUGGCCCGCUGGCCCCACAAGCAUCCUGUGAAGGCUGCUCAGAGGCUGGAGGGCACAAGCAUCUCAGACACCUCGGCACAAGGAGGUGAAGGCCGCUGCCGCCAGCGUUGUGAGUACGGCUCGCUCUGGAACUGGGGUCCUGCGAGGAGAGCUCUGCGGCCCUGACCCCAGCUCCCCACUCUGCCAUCAAAGCAGCCCCAGAGCUGUUCUAAGUGUUGUAGCAGCCGGAGAGAGCUCUGCAGGGCUGCUUUCAUCCGGCCACUAAAAUGAUUAAAGAGUUGAUUGAGUCCCAGCA